ACAAGGGCACAUAACCCUUACAAAUUCGAGGGAUUUUUUGUUUACAAAAGGAGAAAAGUAUAAUUACUCGUUAUCGCAAUUUGCAAUUCAAGAAAAGUGUACUUUUAUUUUUACAAAAAAAAGCUUAAAAUUUUUUAGUAACGUAUAAUUAUUAAAAUCCACCAAUCCCGAGCUACUAAAUAUAAACAAGUUGGCGUGGUCUUUUAAGCGUCGUUUGUAGCGUCAGUUGCUUUGUGGUUUGUCACAUUUUGUUAAUUUCAUACGUAAUUUUGAAGAUGGUUUCCAAAGGAACAAAACAGGAAAAGUCUCCACAGAGAAGUCCUGUAAAGAGUUACAGAAAAUCACCCUCAAGGGCAGUCAAAUCCAAGAGCCCCUCACGCUUGACGACAAAUUCACCUCCGGCAAGUCCGAGACCGAGACGGUCAAUACGUCAGAGCCCUUCACGUACCACUACCUCUACACCAAAAAAAAGUCCUUCGAGACGAAGUCCCGCGCGAACUACUCCUAGUCGAAUUGACACAAACAAAAGUAAUGUACCUGACCGAAUAACACGUGCAAGUAGCAAAUCGCGUCAGGAAAUUGAAUCGGAAACGGAUGAUGAACUACCAUUGGCGGUCAGAGCUUCACCCAAAACGAGGGGACGACCGAAAAAAAUAAACACCGAAGUAAAGGAAUCACAGGUUGUUUUACAGAAUAUUAUCCCAAAAUUGAGAGAGGCAACGCCCGAAAUUGGUAGUUACAUAAACUUAAUGAGACGCUCAGCUACAAAAUCGUUUAGACAUGAGAUAGAUCAUAUUGAUCACCUGAAACGAGAGUCUUCUACAUCGUCCAUACGAAAACUGACUGAACUUUCAGACGAAGAUGAUAUCCAAACUGGGGACUUUAGAGAAAAGUCUGUUCGCAAAAGUGAACCCAAGCUUAUUGAUAAAAUUACACCAAACGAAUUUGGGCUGUUCAAUGCUUUUUUAUUUGUACUUUGUUUACCUUUGAUACCUCUAAUAUUUUUGGUAUAUUGUAAUGAGAAACAGUGCAACUUCACCGCGUCUCCAAAAUUUAAUUAUUCACGCAUCUCUACGUAUUUUGGUUUGAAAUCAUUCGCAAUAUCGCUAUGUUACAUUUUGCUUGUAUUUGUCAUUGGUGCGCUUCCGUUUGGUGGACCGAAAGUUAGCGGACUGCCUAAUAGGGGUAGCAAAUUGAAUUAUGUAAUGAAUGGGUUUUUUACUCUUGUUCUUGUUGGGAUUGUGCUAAUAUUGUUGGAGACCUUUACUGGUGUUUUAGUUAUUGAAAAUGUUUUACAAAACUUCUUUCAACACUAUGUAACGUUAACUGUACUUGGUGUUAUUUUAUCUGUAGCGUUAUAUAUUGGAAGUUUUUAUGUGCCCUUAUGUAACCUCAAGUCUGAUGUGCUGAUAAACAAUGCAAUUUACAACUUUUAUCAUGGACGAGACAUCAAUCCCAGAGUGUUUGGAGUUGUCGACUUUAAACUAUUCCUCUUUCGUUUCUUUUGCAUUUCCACCAUAAUCAUGAAUGCGGUUCUAUUUUAUAAAAGCGUUAGUUUCAAAGUACUCACUGACGGAGAUAUUGAUUACAAAUCGAUUAAAUACAAUGAAACUCUGGCCGUAUUCGCAGCAAUGCAAAUUAUACACCACACCUGGUGUAUCGUUUAUGAAUCGAGUUUUGUUACAACAUUCACUGCCCAAUAUGAAGCUGUUGGAUAUGAAUGCAUAGUUAGCCUGUUACUUGGCCCCAUAGUCGAAAUUGGAUCAAGUAAAUACAUCCUUGAUUAUGGUGUGACAUUGCCCAGGUGGCAGUUAAUUUUUGCCGGAGUUCUUUUUAUGAUUGGAUCUGUUUUUUAUCAUGGGAGUAAUACGCAAAAGCAUCAAUUUCGACUCAAUCCCUAUCAUCCAAAAGUAUCACAUUUGGAAUCUUUACCGAGCUCACAAGGACGAAAACUUUUGGUUUCUGGUUAUUGGGGUAUGGUGCGACACCCUAAUUAUUUAGGUGAUAUUAUCAUACAAAUGUCGUUUGGUUUAUUGGUCUACAAUGCAGUACCUGUACUGGUAUUCAUUUUUGACAUUCUUUGGAUCAUCAAUCGUAUAAGUCGAACCGAGUUGAAAUGUGAGCAGAGAUAUGGCAGUGCGUGGAAGAGAUAUUGUCAACGUGUGAAGUAUUCUUUAGUUCCAAAAGUUUACUGAUUUAUUUUUAAUUUCGCAUUUAUGUUGUGUGUUUUUUGGCAAUGUUUUAAUUAAGUUUAGUACGUUAGUAUAAAUGACAAUUUUCAUUUAAUGAAUGAGUUCAAGACAGACAGAUGUGUACAAUUUUACCAUUAUGCUUAAAUAUUGACAUAUUUACAUUGUACAUCUAAGUGGCGGAUUUAUGCUUCUAGCCACAGAACUUAAUUUCUUCCACUUUUGUUUUUUUUAUGAUGCAAUUGAUCAUUUUUGAUUAUGCCAUUUAUUUUUCUGAAGUUGACAGACUCAAUUCACCUUUUCUGACAGUAAAAUUCCAUGCAAGCAAAUGUAUUCACAUAGGAGGUUAUUCAGAUAAGUUUAACGAAGUCUAGAAAAAUCAGUCCUUAGGCAAUUAAGCUAAAUCCGCCACUUGUCAAACUUUUAAAAAGCAACAAUUAUAACUUUAAAAUUUUUCUUAUAUACAUACUUUCAUAUUGUUUGUUGAAUUUCAAAACAAGAAAUGUACACAAAACUCCAAGGACAUAAAAUUAUUUUAGUGUAAUAAAUUCAAAACUAUUUCUUGUAACUAUGUUGUAUAUAAGAUCACACGUGUAUUUUUUCGUAAGAAGAUUUAUAAUGUGUUUAAGAAAAGUCAACAACCGUUCAUAUACUUAAUCUACAAGUUAUCACCAAGUGAAUUAGUAUAAACACUGGGUUCUUGACCGUUUGCAAAAUUACAACAGACACAAAUUGUAAAAAUGCUAGGAUAUUUUUGGAUAAUUACAUCACAUGCUUGUGUGCAUGGUUCAAAUGAAGUUAAGAAUUGACCCUCAGGUGUCUCGGUGCAUGAGAUCCAUCUCAAGUCAUUUUUUUUUAAAUCUCGGAAUGUUCAACUAUUUUUAUAUUUAAUACAGGGCGUGUGAGAUAAGUAUGUCAAAACUUAUUGAAUGGUAGAGAUUUUCCCAAAUAAACACAAAUGUUGUUAACAGUUGAAAUGAAAUUGAAAUGCUUCAUGUAUUAAAAAUACCCUCUAUUUACCUUUUUCUCUUUUGACAUACUUGUUAAACCCUCUGUAUGUGUGCAGUAGUGUAGAAAAAUCAGUGGAGUGUUAAACAAAUUUAAGUGGACUUGUUAUCAUCUUUGUUACAUUGUAAUUCUUCCGUGUAAUAAUA